ACAACAAGGACAGCUGCGUGUUCUCCUGUCCGGAGCUUUCUAACUGUAAGUUAGAAAACUUCAGACUGUUUCAUUCAGACGUCAUUUAUUUAUCGACAUGAAAAUGAAUGUUUUCUAAAGUUAGAGGCCUCACAACUCUUGAACACAGUCUUUGCUCCACAUACAGCUGGUUACUGUAACACCGGAUUUAUUAACACGUUUGGUUGUGUGUGUGAAGGGCAUGGCGGGGGCGGCGGUUUUGAGGGCUCUCCGGACCCUGCGCCCCCGGACACUGGCCGCGACCUCAGGCAGAUUCCCGGCCGCGGUGGAGUCCGUCCUCCCGCCGGCUUCAUGUGCGUUGUACCCGCCGUGGAGGACCUCUCCAGUCAGGACGCUGCAGCUGUCCUCCGCCUUAUGUGCCGGACACAACAAGUGGUCAAAGGUGAAACACAUUAAGGGACCUAAAGAUGAGGCCAGGGGCAGGAUGUUUAUGAAGUUUGGUAUGAUGAUAAAGAUAGCUGUGAAAGAGGGUGGAUCCAACCCAGACAUGAAUUUAAACUUAGCCCACAUACUGGAGCAGUGCAGAGGCAAGAACAUGCCCAAAGCGUCUAUAGAGGCUGCAAUCAAGAGUGCGGAAAAAGCUAAACCAGCGUCUCAGCACAUGUUUGAAGCUCGGGGGCCCGGUGGAUGUCUGCUGCUCAUCGAGGUCCUGACUGACAACAACUCACGCAGCCACCAGGAAAUCAAACGGCUGCUUAACAAGAACGGAGGGAUGCUGUCAGAUGGAGCCCGCCACAACUUCAACAGGAGGGGGGUGGUGCUGGUGCCGGGCCACAACGUAUCAACGGAGCGAGCUCUGGAGCUGGCCAUUGAGGCGGGAGCCGAAGAUGUCCAAGAGACUGAGGAUGAGGAGGAGCAGCCCCUCCUGCAGUUUAUUUGUGAUAUGACGGACCUGAAGAAGGUGCGGGCCUCAUUGGAGGAGCUAGGAAUGCAGAUUACAUCUGCUGGGUUGGAGUUUGUUCCCCGCACCCUCUCGUCUCUGGACCAGGACCAGCUGGAUGCUGCUUCAACGCUAAUAGAAGCCCUCACUGAUUGUGCAGAUGUAGUUCGAGUGUGGGACAACAUCCACCCUGACAGCUGAGUACGCUUCCUGGACACUUGAUGGACACUGGAUAUCUUACAUGUGGAAUAUUUGAUUUCACAGAGAAAGGAUUUGCCAACAGUUACCCACUACUGUUUGUCAAAAUACCUCAUGCUGCCUAUCAUUGUCAGUGUGAAAAUAUGAGUGUAUCAGGCCAUUGUGAUGCUUUCUGUAUGGGAAAACAUUUGGAGGUGAAAUGAAAUUGUUAAGAUAUAAAGUGAUAUUUCUUAAGUGAAAUAACUUCCGCUUCUGUACCGUGGUAUAGAAGCACAAUUUGCCAAGUAGGUCUUUAAAAGUUGGUGAUAAGAGGUCCUUUCUCAUUGGCUGAUCAUUUAAAGGAUCCUACACAAGUGAAAUUUCACUUUUACUUGUUGAGGAAGGAAGCAUCCUUGUUCCUUGAUCCUUGUUAAUACAUAAGUAUUUAUGUAUUAACAAGGAUCAAUUUAAAAUCAAAUUUAAUUUAAAGAUCCCCUGUAGACAUAUACAAUAACUUGUGUCUGAUAUGGGUUUUCCACAAAAAGUUCAAUAACGUCAUUAAAAAAAAGUCUUAAACUCC